UAGUUUGACGACGGCGUCGGACAACAUGGCGGCCUCCAUGCUGUGCUCGCUGCUGCGGACUGUCCGACAGAUGGUUCCUUCAUCAGCUUCAGGUCAAGUUCGAGGUUACUAUGUAGACUGGAAAAUGUUGCGUGAUGUGAAGAGACGGAAAAUAGCCUAUGAAUAUGCAGAUGAGAGGCUACGGAUCAAUUCACUCAGGAAGAAUACCAUUUUGCCAAAAGACCUUCAGGAAGUGGCUGAUGAAGAAAUUGCUGCCCUUCCCCGGGAUAGCUGUCCUGUUAGAAUCAGAAAUCGGUGUGUGAUGACAUCCCGUCCACGUGGCGUGAAGCGGCGUUGGAGACUUAGUCGUAUCGUCUUUCGUCACUUAGCCGACCACGGGCAACUGUCUGGGGUCCAGCGAGCAAUAUGGUAAUCAGCUCCAGAACCCACGGAGCUUGCAGGGAAACCGGUUCUGACAAGAGACUUUUCUAAUUGACUGAAACCUAGUUUUAAUAGGAGUCCAGUAUAGGAGUCUGGUCUACCAGAUGUCUGUAAAUUACUUUUAAAUUUUCAGUGAAGAAAUUUAGAUGUUUUAUUUUGUUGGUGAAUUCUGGCUGUCAGUGAACUGUCUUUUCUGUUGGACUUAAAUAGGGUUCCCAUGCAUGGUGCAGAGUAAUAAAAAAUAUUUUCUGUGAAAGUA